AUGAAGUCCAAUCUUAACUCCUGGUCCUGCUCUUGCCUGGUGGUGUUCGUGUUGGUGUCGAUCAUGAUGCUAGCCCAAGCUGCUCCUCCACAGGAGACGGCUCAGGUGCUGCGUUUCGAUUCGGAUGUGCAGCCCGAGGGCUACAAAUACAGCGUGGAGACAAGCGAUGGCAAAUCACAUCAGGAGGAGGGCCAAUUGAAGGACGUCGGCACCGAACACGAAGCAAUUGUCGUCCGUGGCUCCUAUUCCUAUGUGGGCGAUGAUGGUCAAACCUACACCAUCAACUACACUGCAGAUGAGAAUGGCUUCCAGCCAGAGGGUUCGCAUCUGCCCAAAGCAGUUCAAUAAAAAACGAAACUGAAUGCAAAAAAAAACACAACAAACACACACACAAAAUGUUGUAAAUGUUACCUAGGUUUAAGUCAACGUCACUAUCAAGCAAAUAAAUAACAAAAUAAAAGACAAACACA